AUGACCUUCAAGGUCACGUGUGCCAUUGGGAAUGCUUCAUUUUCUAUGGACGGCAUAGUUAAUGUCUUAAAUAUCAAUGAUAAUGCUCCUACUACUCAACAUGGAAACAUCACUACGAAUUUAACAUUUGGAAUUAAACCCGGAGAAAAUUCUCUGAAGUUCGCAGUAAGUGUCGUGGACAAGGACUCGAACGAUGUAAAUGACCUGGUGGUCCGAAUAGAAAAUGAUACCAUGAAUCUUUUCGCCGUGAAGGAUAAGAAGAUGUAUGAAAAUCUUGGAGAGGGAAGAAACACCUUUCUAAGUGCAGACAUUGAAUCCAAGACAACUCUCUCGUUUCCAGGCCCAGAAUAUAAUUUCUCUGUUGUUUUGGAAGAUAGAUCUUUACUACACAAAGAUAGAAUGGUUGUCUACAGAAUUUCUAUUAUUAACGAAACUGAACUGGAACUGGAUUUGAAUGAAAUGUACGAAAUUAAUGUUUCCAGAAAUGCCGCUCCAUUUGCUAGAAUUAUUCAGCUGUCUGCGGCUGCUCUGAACUACAAAUUCCAGCUAGAUAUUGGGGUAAAGAAUUACGAUUGGCUGGGAAUCACCGAAAAGACUGGCAUCAUUUUCAUCAAAGAUCCCGGAUUCAUGCCCGAACCAUCCACGGUCAGAAGAAACGUCAAUUGGUUUUUCAAAAACGACACUCACAGCAAGACGGGGAAUAUCUUGUUGUUACUCACAAUACAAGAAGGUCCCUUGAAACCUUGUGCUGCAGAUAUUAAUUGGUGUUCCAACAACGAGAAUCAAGAACGUUGUGUGAGCACCUGCGGUAAUGGAUCACCAAGUGGUUUCUGUGAAUGGCGCACUGGAUCUUUGACCAGUAACGGACCGACUGUGGAUUACGCCACUUGUUCUCCCGAUUUCCUGACGUGUCCAGACAGGCAGUGUGAUGAACUCGAACAAAUGGAACCUACUCUCUGCCCUCAAGAUUGUGCAAAACAUUUCGUUGGAGAAGUUCAAGUCCCGAAAACAGGGCCGGGGCUGUACGGAGCAGUGAGCCCUUGCUUCUGCCCCUCUAUUGAUCACUGCAUUUGCGGGAAGCAUACCCAACCCGCUGAGAUGAGGCACUAUCAGCACAAAGUACCAACCGCGCCUCCCACCGUCGAGAUCAACAACGUUUCUCUCAUCGAAAAUAAAGAGGAAACCUCAACUGAUGACGUCACAGCUCCUUUACCAGGUUUCUUGACGGAUGGGACAUGCGGGCCCGGGUGCGUUGUUUUCGCUUCUAUUGUCCCAGCUGGGCUCCUGAUCGUUCUGAUUGUCCUUUUGGUGACGAGGAGAAUGCGAAUUGUGAGAAUGAAUAAGCACAAAUUUGUCAGCAGCCACAUUUCUCUGUCAGGUGUGCCCUCCGACUACGUGGAUGAGAGGUCGAAUUCGGCCCAGGAAUCCCGACAUACUCCUAGCGAGACAUCAAGCUUCGGAAAGGCGACUAUUGAUUCUAAGUGGGAGUUUCCGAAAAGCCGCCUCCAGCUCCUGUCGCCACUUGGCGAAGGAGAGUUUGGGAAAGUCAUGAAAGCACAAGCAUGGAACAUCGCCGGCAAUAAGGGUUAUACUACGGUUGCAGUGAAGAUGCUCAAAGAAAAUGGUGGAAUUCAGGAGAAGCAGGAUUUGAUGACGGAGUUUCUGCUUUUGAAGGAAAUAUCACAUCCAAAUAUUAUCCGGCUUUUAGGAGCAUCGCUGGAAAAAAAUGGUCAGUUCUACUUGAUCGUGGAAUAUGCCGAAUUGGGAUCGCUGAGAGCGUAUCUUCGCAAGAGACGACGUCACAACACCUGUUGCAAGUACAAUGCCACCUACGGAAUCGAGAUGCCGGGCCCUACAGAGGGAUACAGGGAUUACUACCAGUUUCCAUGUGAGAGAUCUCGGCACGAACCCAACCACAGUUAUUUUCAUAAGGAACAGCUCUCCUUCGCUUGGCAGAUAGCUAAGGGGAUGUCCUAUCUGUCCGACAUGAAGCUCGUUCACAGAGAUUUGGCUACAAGAAACAUACUUUUGGCGAAGCACAGAGUAGUUAAAAUUUCUGAUUUCGGCCUCUCUAGAGACAUCUAUGAAGGCGAUGCCUAUCUGAAGAAAACAAAAGGUCGUGUUCCAGUCAAAUGGAUGGCUAUUGAAUCUUUGGAAGACCAAAUAUAUACCUCAAGAAGUGAUGUGUGGUCAUUUGGAGUAGUACUGUGGGAGAUUAUGAUGCUUGGAGCAACACCGUAUCCUGGUAUCACACCCCAACGACUCUACAAUCUUCUCAAGGCUGGGUACAGAAUGACGAAACCAGAAACCUGCUCCGAUGAUUUGUAUUAUCUCAUGAGACAGUGUUGGAGAGCUUAUCCUCGCGAAAGACCCUCCUUCAAGGAACUCGUUCUCAAACUGGAUUUGAUGCUUCAAGACACUGUGGAAUACAUGGAUUUCGUACCAAAAGGAGGAAGACGACGUUCUCGUAAACUUGUUCCACCUCCUAAUGGUCUUGUUCCAACCUUACAGUACACCAGUGUACUCAUAGAAAAUGAAGAAGAGGAAUGCUUGGAUUCGGAAUCGAACGAGAACAUUGGUCUUGACAGGCUUUUCAGUCAAUCUCCAAGAAUGCAAGCCGCCUAUAACUUUCAUGAAUCUGUAGCAUAA